UUGGAGUUUGUGUGAAGAAAAAGUGAAAAAUGUCCCAAAAAGUGCAGAUUCUGAGGUCACUGGUGGAGCAGAGACUAACUGCAGCUGCUGAAGAGAUAUUUGGGCUGUUUGAAAGAACCAUAGCAGAGUACGAGGAGGAACUUUGUCGAACUAAAGAAGAAAACCAGAGACGAGAACAGUUGAAGGCUGUUUUAUUCCAUACAACAGACAUUCCACAGAUCUGGGGGGAUAAAACACAAGUUCCAAAAAAUGAGCAGCAGGAAUUGAGUUCCAGUCUAAACCAGGACCAGAACCAGGACCAGGAGAACCCUGAGCCCCUCCGCAUUAAAGAGGAACAGGUGGAACUGUGGACCGGUCAGGAUGGAGAGCAGCUUCAGGACCUGAUGCAACCAAGACCAGGUUCAGAGGAACCUUCUUGUGAGACUGUGAGUAAAGAAAGGGUUCCUCCUGAGCAGCAGGACUGGAUCCCCAGUCUGGACCAGGUCCAGGAGGACCCAGAUCCCACCCACAUUAAAGAUGAAUUAGGGGAACCGUGGACCCAUGAGGAGGGAGAAGCCAGUGGAGGAUCAGAAACAGAUGGGGAUUCAGAUCCAGAUAGACAUUUAGAACCGGAUUCUGAUGACCAGACUGAAAACUCCUCUGACACCGAGGACUAUGAUGAGGAUUGGACUCAGUUGAAUAAAAAGACAAAACCUCCAGUCAGCGGUUCAACUGAGCAAAUGGACACUGAGGAGUUUGCUGUGGAGUCGUCCCUGCCAGAGACCGGAAGAGACGGCACAGUGUGGACUCCCAUCGAACCUGGUGAAGGCACAGAAAGGAACACGCAGGUCCCAAACUUUCUCACCGAAACCGCCGGACCAACGCCGCAUGCAUGGACAAACAUCCACAGCAAACUGUCAGCCUUUCUCUGCCUCUGCGAUGAAGGGAUGUUGGAACACAUCCGAGAAUGUACGGUGGCUGAAGCGCGAAGGUCAAGUGCACAGAGAGCCUCCUGGGAUGUUUCCCCUGCUGAGCUGAAGGCCUUUAUCGCUCUCCUGUACAUGAGGGGAGCGAACUGUGGAAAGAACAUCAACAUGGAAAGCUUCUGGUCUGAGCACUGGGGAAACACCUUUUUCAUGUCGACGCUUCCGAGGAACCGUUUUCGGGAGAUCAUGCGUUUCCUUCAAUUUGAUAAGAAGGAAACUCGUACAAUUCGCCAGAAAAGUGACAAGUUUGCGCUGAUGACUGAUGUGUGGCAGAGAUUCACACAGAACUGCGUCAUGUGCUACAAUCCUGGACCAGACAUUACUGUGGACGAGCAGCUGUUCCCAACUAAAGCGAGGUGCCAGUUCACUCACUACGUGCUCAACAAGCCAGAUAAACAGGGGAUCCGGUUUUGGAUGGCAGCAGAUACCAACAGCAGGUACCUGUUGAACGGUGCCCCACACCUGGGUAAAACUGAGGGCCCACUGUCCACGCAGUCAUUUGGAGAAACCGUGGUGCUGCAGCUAGUGGAGCCGUUCGUGGGUAAAGGGAGGAGCAUCACCACCAAUCAGAUGUUCACCUCGGUCCGGCUCGCUAACACUCUGCUGUCCAAAAACACCAGCCUGGUCGGCCCUGUGAGGCCCAACAGGCUGGAGCUCCCACCGUCUGUGCAGCGGAGAACUGAGCUGUUCAGAACCAGGCUGCUGAAACAUGGAAGCAUCACGCUGACCGUGUACCAAUGCAGACAACGGAAAAAUAUCACCAUCCUGAGCUCACAGCACCAGCAGGUAUCGAUCUGCACAGACCGCAGGUGGAGGCCGGAGACGGUGAGCUACUACAACAGAACCAAAGGAGGUGUGGACCUGCUGGACCAGAUGGCUCGCCAGUACACCGUCAAAGGCGGUACACAUCGAUGGCCUAUUGCAGUGUUUUAUAACAUCCUGGAUCUGGCGGCCAUUAAUGCCUGCAUCCUUUACCGGAGCUGCAUGGGAGACAACAUCCCCAGACGGGACUUCAUCCUACAGCUGGCCCAGGAGCUGCGAGUGGAGUGGAUGGCCUUAAGAGAGGCUCCGCGGAUGUUCCUGGUCAGUGAUGGAAGUGUGAAGCAGAAGAGGAUGACCUGCAUGGUGAAGGCCAAAUGCAAACAAAAUAAAACCACAUCAAGGUGCCUGAAGUGCAGGAAAUCAGUCUGUGGAAAAUGUACGAGAGAAGUCCUGAACGUCUGCUCAAAGUGUAUUUAAGCACGUGUUCAAGUGUCGCAAGAACAAUACGACUGAAGAGGGAGUCGAGAGUUUGUGCCUUUUUUAAUUUAUGACUGAUUAACAGUUUUUCUUUAUUCGCAAAAAGGAAAAAGGCCGUAGUCUGACUGAAUAUUGCACAAUAAUGGAUGGAUGGAUGGAUGGAUGGAUGGAUGGAUGGAUGAAUGAAUGAGGGUUUGAUUCUGGAAAAAGCCAAAAAAGAUACGUCCAAGAAGACUGCAACCCUUCAAAAACAAUCACCAUGAAAAUCACAUACAGGGUUCUUUUGAUGCUCUGUAAUCAUAACUUCAUCAUCAGCAGAGCGUGUGUCUGACGCGCCCGAUGGCUGACAUCAGGGUUCACAGCUGGAUUUACUGAUUUAUAAAGCAGAUUUUUUUUUGCCAUUUUCCCUCGUUUUAGACUUUAUGGCCAAUCUGCAUCAUUCCUAUGGCCAUGAAAAAAUCAUGGAGUUGAUUGUUUUUUUACCCCGUAAAGCAGUUAAAGCCACUAGAGAAAACCUGGAAGACACUGAAGACAAAAAUUGCAAUCGUCUGUGAUACUUAAGUUCUUUAUUUAUUGUUUUGCAGGAAUGUGUCAAGCUGCUUUAUAUUUAGAAUUCAAAUACAUUACAUUUGUAACUGCUCCAUAUUUUUACUCUUGUGAACUACUUCAUGCACCGUCUGCAGCCUGGUUGGGUCAAACAGUUGAAUCAUUUCAAAGGAAAAACCACACUACUGCAGUAAAUCACUGACAUAAACUAUUUUCGUUUGGGUGGAAGUCUGAGUGAUACUACCCAAAAUGUUCUUACACUAAAUACUUUUCAAAUCCAUCCAGGUUUAAUUUUUUUUUUUGGUCAGUUUAAAGGCUGAUUUUGGAUUCUGAAUGAAAGUUAAAGAAGGAAACAGUUAUUUGAGGUUUUAAAUGAUUUAAGAUGCAACAUGUUGAAAAUGUAAAAGUCAAGGAUAAUGCUAGGAUAAAGGAUAAAGAUGA